GUCAAAUUUCAUAAAUAGCCUCCUCGAAAAAGCGAGCAACAACGUUAGCACGCAAACAAGGGAGGCCAAGGUAGGAAGAUAAAAAGGCAAAACAAGAACAAUCCAUUCUCCACUCUCAUAUCUCACCGAGCCGUGCCACUGUCAACAGUUUUGUUUCUAUACACCCUUCUUCUCAUUCUGUUUUGUUACUCUCACCAAACACGUGCAAUUCUAACCCAAACUCCAACUCACAUGCUUCUUAUUAUAUUCCCAACCAAAAAACUGUCUACACCAGUAUCCUAAAUUAUAAAAUUAUUAUGGGUGGCAAUGGUAAGCAUAGGUGGAAAAUUUCCUUCCAUCGUUCUUCUACUCACUCUAAGCAAAUACAGCCUCCCAAGGAAUUUCUAUGUCCCAUUUCCGGGUCAUUAAUGUCCGACCCGGUUGUCACAUCUUCGGGUCAAACCUUUGAACGCAUCUCCGUCCAAGUCUGUGCCGACUUAAAAUUCACCCCCAUCCUAGAAGACGGGACUCGACCCGAUUUCUCCACAAUCAUCCCCAAUUUAGCAAUCAAAACAACGAUUCUCAAUUGGUGCGACAAAUCCCGUAUCCAACACCCGCACACACCGGAUUAUGCCUCCAUUGAGAACAUCGUUAAGGAAGCAAAAGCAGCCUCUGCGGGGAAUCAGGAACCAAUCAAGGUUUCUGAAAAGGAGCUGUUAAACGCGGUGGUGGAUAACUCGCCGGUGAUUUUCUCACACGCCGCCACUGAAUUAGGGCCACGUGUCAACCACUUCGAUUCAGGAUCGUCCUCUGAGGAAUCAGUAAUCAUCGGAGAGAGUCCAGGAACACCUUUACCUUUCACGCUUCGUCCUACGUGUUUCUCUCCCUCUUCCUCUUCGUCGUUCGAGAUCGAAGUUCAAAACCCUAACGUCCCUGUUUCGGAAGAAGAAGAAUCGUUACUGAAGAAGCUGAAGAGCAACGAUAUUUUCGAGCAAGAGCAAGGAGUGCUUUCUCUUAGAAGCAUCACGAGGAAUAGAGAAGACGCUAGGGUUUCGCUCUCCACGCAACGGAUUCUCUCGGCGCUUCGAUCGCUAAUCACUUCACGUUACGUUGUUGUUCAGGUCAACGCAGUAGCUUCGUUGGUCAACAUUUCGCUUGAGAAAACGAACAAAGUGAGGAUUGUUAGGUUAGGGUUUGUUCCGUUUCUCAUUGAUGUGUUGAAGGGGGGAUUAGGUGAAUCGCAGGAACACGCUGCUGGCGCGCUCUUUAGUUUAGCUUUGGACGAUGAUAACAAGAUGGCAAUUGGUGUUCUCGGCGCGUUGCAGCCGCUUAUGCACGCGCUGAGGUCUGAAUCUGAGCGAACUCGUCAUGACUCGGCGCUUGCACUCUAUCAUUUAACUUUGGUUCAGAGUAACCGAGUCAAGCUUGUGAAACUUGGGAUGGUACCCACGCUUAUUUCGAUGGUGAAAACGGCGACAAUGGCGAGUAGGGUUUUGCUGAUUCUGUGCAAUUUGGCAAUGUCUGUGGAGGGAAGGACGGCGAUGCUGGACGCUAAUGCGGUGGAGUGUCUGGUGAGUUUGUUGAAAGAGAAUGAGUUGGACUCCGAGGCGACUCGGGAGAAUUGUGUUGCAGCGUUGUAUGCUUUGAGUCAUGGGAGCUUGAGGUUUAAAGGGUUGGCGAAGGAAGCGAAAGCUGUGGAGGUUUUGAGGGUGAUUGAGGAGACGGGGACGGAGAGAGCCAGGGAGAAGGCUAAAAGGAUAUUGCAGACGAUGAGGGGUUUUGGAGAUGGUGACGAUGAAGAAGGUUCCGAGUUUGACAGUGGGUUAACUCGAACUCGUUACAGAGUUGCUGGAGCAAGGAACACCAACCUCAUCAACACAACUACAUUUUAGGUUUCUCAUUUGGAUUUUACACAUUUUUUCAACAGUUUAUAUAUUAUCUGGUUUAGGUUCUGUAGGAAAAUGGAUUAAUUGUUAUUUGAUGAAAUGAAAUGUGUAAGUUGUAGGUAGUUUGAGGGGAUUGAAGAGGAUGAUGGUUCUGAAAUGUGAAUUACUAGUUUAUUGGUGAUGUUAGGUUUGGGGUGUAAAUCAUGGAGGAGGACAUUUCAAACUUGCUAUUUUGCUAAACCUUAUGUGAAUAAAUUUAGUCUUAAUCAGGGUUUAGGACUUACAUUGAUGGUUGUUUGUAGUCUUGUGUGUACAUAAUUAUACUAAAUUGUUUACUUUUGGUUUCACAUACACAGAAAAUAGAAAUGUGUAGGGUAUCAUUGCUGACUUCAUGUUGGUGUAUUGGUUCCUUUGUUAAGGUUAUCUGUGAAUCUCUU